AUGAAUAGAUCUUUACUGCUACGUUUAUCGGAUACCGGUGAACCCGUUACAAGUUGCUCUUACGGCAAAGGUGUCUUAACGCUACCACCGAUUCCGCUGCCUAAGGACGCCCCAAAGGACCAACCGCUAUACACGGUUAAACUAUUAAUUUCUGCAGGUUCUCCCGUCGCUAGAGAUGGGUUGGUUUGGACAAAUUGUCCACCAGAUCACAACACACCUUUCAAGAGAGACAAAUUUUACAAGAGAAUGAUUCAUUCCAGCUUCCAUGAGGACGACUGCAUUGACUUGAACAUCUACGCUCCAGGUUCGUACUGCUUUUAUCUGUCCUUCAGGAAUGAUCGAGAAAAGCUGGAGACAACAAGGAAAUACUACUUUGUUGCCUUGCCCAUGCUUUACAUAAACGAUCAAUUUCUUCCCUUAAAUUCUAUUGCCAUGCAGAGUGUCGUUUCUAAAUGGCUGGGCUCCGACUGGGAGCCUAUUCUAUCAAAAAUCGCCGCCAAAAACUACAACAUGGUGCAUUUUACUCCCCUGCAGGAAAGAGGCGAGUCAAAUUCACCUUAUUCUAUAUACGACCAAUUACAGUUUGAUCAGAAGCACUUCAAAUCUCCUGAAGAGGUGGAUAAUUUAGUUAAACACCUGCAUCGCGAUCUGAACAUGCUCUCCCUGACUGACAUUGUCUUCAAUCACACUGCAAAUAAUUCUCCUUGGCUGGUUGAGCACCCAGAAGCUGGGUACAACCAUAUCACGGCUCCACAUUUGAUCAGUGCCAUUGAGCUCGAUCAGGAACUACUCAAUUUUAGCAAUAAUCUGAAAUCCUGGGGGUAUCCUACAGAACUAAAUAAUAUAGAAGAUCUUUUCCGGAUAAUGGACGGUAUCAAAGUGCAUGUUCUCGGGUCGUUGAAGCUCUGGGAAUACUAUGCAGUGAACGUUCAAACGACGCUUCAGGAAACAAAGGCUCAUUGGAAUGACGAAUGUAAUGAGAACUAUAAUUUCCCCGAGGAUAUUAAAGAUAUCUCGUCCGAUUGCGUAAAGCUGGCCUCCUUUGUCAAGGAUAAUGUCACUGAACCCAAUUUUGGCAUCCUUGGCGAAAGAAACUCAAACAGAAUUGACGUGCCCAAAUUUGUUCAACUAUUAAAGCUCAUCAGCGAUGAAGAGAGCGAUGACAACGAGACUUUUUUGACCAUCGCUCAAAAUAUUGUGAAUGAGGUCAACUUACCACUCUAUAGAGAAUACGAUGAUGACGUUAGUGAGAUACUCGAGCAGUUGUUUAAUCGUAUCAAGUACUUGAGAAUAGAUGAUAAUGGGCCUAAACAGGGUCCAGUAACCGCCAAGGUGCCCCUAACAGAACCUUAUUUUACGAGGUUCAAAGGGAAAGAUGGUAUUAACUACGCUCUUGCCAACAACGGUUGGAUAUGGAAUGGUAACCCACUGGUGGAUUUUGCAUCGCAAAAUUCAAGAGCCUACUUGCGUAGAGAAGUAAUCGUGUGGGGAGAUUGUGUCAAGCUUAGAUACGGCAAAGGUCCCGAUGAUUCUCCGUACCUGUGGGAAAGAAUGUCCAAGUAUAUAGAAAUGAACGCUAAGAUAUUUGAUGGGUUCAGAAUCGACAACUGCCAUUCUACCCCCUUACACGUUGGCGAAUAUUUUCUGGAUUUAGCAAGAAAAUACAAUCCGAAUCUUUACGUCGUAGCAGAACUGUUUUCUGGUUCCGAGACACUUGAUUGUCUGUUUGUUGAAAGAUUGGGUAUUUCCUCGCUGAUCAGGGAAGCAAUGCAAGCUUGGUCCGAAGAGGAGUUGUCGAGGCUAAUCCAUAAACAUGGAGGUAGGCCGAUUGGAUCCUAUAAAUUUGUUCCUAUGGACGAUUUCUCAUAUCCUGCAGAUAUCAAUUUGAAUGAAGAACAUUGUUUUAGCGAUGCAAAUGAUAGCUCCAUUAGAUGUGUCUCCGAAAUAAUGAUUCCAAAGAUUUUAACCGCCACUCCGCCACAUGCCUUAUUCAUGGACUGUACUCACGAUAACGAGACUCCAUUCGAAAAAAGAACAGUGGAGGACACUUUACCUAAUGCCGCUUUAGUAGCGCUUUGCUCCUCCGCCAUUGGAUCUGUUUAUGGUUACGACGAAAUAUUCCCACAUUUGUUGAACUUGGUCACUGAAAAAAGGCUCUAUGACGUUUCUAUCCCGACUACUGAUUCCUCAAUGGGAAUAACCAAAGUCAAGGCAACUUUGAAUUCGAUUAGAACAAGCAUAGGUAAAAAUGCUUAUGACAUUGAAGACUCUGAAAUGCAUGUGCAUCAUCAGGGCCAGUAUAUCACUUUCCAUCGUAUGGAUGUUAAAUCUGGCAAAGGUUGGUACUUGAUUGCCAGAAUGAAAUUUUCACAAAACGGUGAUCAAAAUGAGACUUUACCCCCGGUGGUGUUGAAUCAAUCCAAAUGUUCUCUAAAAUUCUCAUAUGCUUUAGAAAGAGUUGGUGAUGAGAUUCCUGAUGAUAAUAAUUUCAUUAAGGGUAUUCCAACGAAGUUAAAGGAGCUUGAAGGGUUUGAUAUUUCUUACGAUGAUGUAAAGAAACUUUCAACCAUUAAACUACCGGACGAGUUCCCCCAAGGAUCUAUUGCCAUUUUUGAGACCCAACAAAAUGGUGUCGAUGAGUCCCUUGAUCAUUUUAUUAGAUCAGGUGCUCUAAAGGCCACAUCAAACUUGACUCUAGAAUCAAUAAAUUCCGUCUUAUACCGUAGCGAGCCAGAAGAAUAUGAUGUUAGCGCUGGUGAAGGUGGUGCUUAUAUUAUUCCUGAUUUUGGAAAGCCGGUGUAUUGUGGCCUACAAGGUUGGGUCUCUGUCUUAAGGAAAAUUGUUUUUUAUAACGAUUUGGCACAUCCCUUAAGUGCAAAUUUAAGAAAUGGUCAUUGGGCUUUAGAUUAUACUAUCGACAGGCUGAAAUACUACAGCGAUGAAGCAGGAAUCACUGAAGUGCAAAACUGGUUACGUUCAAGAUUCGAUAGAGUGAAAAAGUUACCAAGCUAUUUAGUACCCAGCUAUUUCGCUCUAAUUAUAGGGAUUCUUUACGGUUGUUGUCGGUUGAAAGCGAUUCAGUUGAUGUCUCCUAAUAUUGGUAAAUCAACGCUAUUUGUACAAAGCUUAUCGAUGACAUCUAUUCAAAUGGUUUCCAGAAUGAAAUCGACUUCUAUUUUGCCAGGCGAGAAUGUACCUUCUAUGGCUGCUGGUUUGCCACAUUUCAGUGUAAACUACAUGAGAUGUUGGGGUAGAGAUGUAUUUAUAUCGUUAAGAGGUAUUUUGUUAACCACUGGUAGAUUUGAGGAGGCUAAGGCACAUAUAUUAGCUUUCGCGAAAACUUUGAAGCACGGCUUAAUACCAAAUUUACUGGAUGCUGGCAGGAACCCAAGAUAUAAUGCACGUGAUGCUGCGUGGUUCUUCUUGCAAGCUAUACAAGACUACAUUUAUAUUGUUCCUAAUGGUGAAGGAAUUUUACAAGAACGAAUAACAAGAAGGUUCCCACUGGAUGACACUUUCAUUCUCGUAGAUGAUCCAAGGGCGUUUAGUUACUCUAGUAGCAUAGAAGAGAUUGUUUACGAGAUUUUAAGUAGACAUGCUAAAGGAAUUAAAUUCAGAGAGGCUAAUGCAGGACCAAAUUUAGAUCGUGUUAUGAAUGAUAAAGGGUUUAAUGUCGAAAUACACGUCGACUGGUCUACUGGCUUAAUCCACGGGGGAUCCCAAUAUAAUUGUGGUACCUGGAUGGAUAAGAUGGGAGAAAGCGAAAAGGCAGGUUCUGUUGGUAUACCUGGAACCCCUAGAGAUGGUGCGGCAAUAGAAAUCAAUGGGCUUUUAAAAAGUGCUUUGAGAUUUGUUGUUGAGCUAAAUAAAAAAGGAUUGUUUAAGUUCACUGAUGUAGAGACUCAAGACGGUGACAAGAUUAGUUUUGUUAAAUGGAACCAACUGCUUCAAGACAAUUUUGAAAAAAGAUAUUAUAUUCCGGAAGAUCCAUCUGAAGAUGCAGAAUAUGACGUGAAUGCUAAAUUAGGUGUAAACAGAAGAGGAAUAUACAGAGACCUAUAUAAGUCGGGCAAACCUUAUGAAGACUAUCAGUUAAGACCAAAUUUUGCUGUCGCAAUGACUGUGGCACCAGAAUUAUUUGUCCCUCAACAUGCUAUAAAAGCAAUCACUAUUGCGGAUGAAGUGAUAAGAGGUCCAGUAGGUAUGCGUACUUUAGACCCAAGCGAUUACAAUUAUCGUCCUUACUAUAAUAAUGGAGAAGAUUCAGAGGACUUUGCCACCUCCAAAGGUAGAAACUAUCAUCAAGGUCCUGAAUGGGUUUGGCUCUACGGCUACUUUCUCAGAGCCUUCCAUCACUUCCAUUUUAAAACCAGUCCACGUUGCCAAAACGCUGCCAAGGAAAAACCAUCCUCAUACUUGUACCAGCAAUUAUACUACAGAUUGAAAGGCAAUAGAGAAUGGAUCAGUAAUAGUGUGUGGUCAGGACUGACAGAGUUAACUAACAAGAACGGUGAAAUAUGCGAUGAUUCAAGCCCCACACAGGCCUGGAGUUCUGGUUGUUUGUUAGAUGUAUUUUACGAUCUGUGGGAUGCCUACGAAGAUGAUUCUUGA